AUGACGGCAUUGGUGGGUGAUGGGACAAGAGCAACUAACCCAGAAGGGGCAGAGUUCCCGAGCAACACUGUGCUCAAUGUAUUCAGGCAUUUCCUUGUCCUGUCCUCACCACUGCGACAUCCAGCAGCCUUCAGCCCCCCAAGUUCUCAGCUCAGGAGGACACCUGCACACUGCCUGGACGCCCUCCUGGCUCUGCGGCCUGGAAGCGAGCGGGUUGGAACUGGGAACUCGCCGCCCCCACGGUUGUUUCCUGCCUUGCUCCACUGCCGGUUAAUUAAGCCAUGGAGUGACCAGGAAAUUCGGAGUUUCCUACAAGAAUGGGAAUUUCUUGAAUGUGAAGUGUUCCUCACAGGGAGGAAGAAGAAUCACGUAAUAUCAAAAGCAAUUGCUCAGCGUCUCAGGCAGAGGGGCAUAAAGAAGAACCGGAAACAAAGUCUCCAAAUGCUUCUGAGUUUGCAGGAUUUAUACUACACUAUCAGUGAGGCCAACCAGAGGCCAAGGAGCAAACCCUUGCCUUGUCCUUUUGGAGAAGCCCUACAUAGGAUUCUGGGACAUACAUGGGAGGACAACGUUUUUUCAGGUCUUCCCUGUGCAGAUGCAACCAACCUUCCACCUCCUGAGUACCAGCCCCAGGCCUGUGGCAUCCUAGUACCCCCUCAGCCCUUUCAGGAGCUGCUGUGGGUCCCCCCACCUGUGUUCUUCAUGGAGGAUCCCCAGGUACCCAAAUGGGAGCCGUGGAACAUGAACCUUCCAUGGUCAAGUCCAUGCUGGUGUUCUGCCUUUCUCCCAGGAGUCCUCCCCCAGCAGCAGUGGUCGACCUCUUCUGACUGA